AUGACUGGCCUUGCUUUGCCAGUCAUGGAGCUCCAGGAGUCUACUCUAGCUAGCGAAACCUUUUCCAAGAGAGAAAAUCUAUGCAAUCUGAAGACACCACCGGUCAUCUGCCAAGCAAAUUCUUCUGUAACUGUGGAGGAGACAGCACUCAGAGCUUACAAAUUCUAUCGUGCAUUCGUAGUGGAUGGUGAUCCUAGAACAAUGUUCUCGCUUAUAGAUUCAACCUACAAGCAACAUCAUCCUGGAUAUAACGAUGGACCUAACACCAUCUGGCCACUUUUCUGUAAUGGGAACAAGAUUGGAACGGAAAAGAAUACGGCAUGGUGCUUUGAUGCCAGCACAAACAUGUCAUAUGCUCAGUAUUCAACAACCGAUAGGUGGAAGUGGGUUGGAGGUUGUGUCCACGAACAUUGGGACCAAGGAGAGACUAUUCCGAAGAACAAGUGCUAUAAAUUGAAUGCUACCAUGACUUAG